GGGAGGGAAUGGUUAAAAUUGCAGAUUUCGAAGAAUUGAGGAAUAUGGUUUCUAGUUUUAGAGUUUCUGAACUACAAGUAUUACUAGGUUUUGCUGGAUGGAAUAAAAGUGGAUGCAAGCAUGACCUCCUGAUGAGGGCCCUGCAUUUACUGAAGAGCUGCUACAGUCCUGUGAUUCAGAUUAAAAUCCAAGAAUUAUAUAGACGCCGAUAUCCAUGGACUCUUGAAGGGCUUUCUGAUUUAUCUACAAUCAAACCAUCAGUUUUCAGUUUGGAUGGUAGCUCAUCACCUGUAGAACCAGAUUUGGCUGUCGCUGGAAUCUACUUGUUGCCUGCUACUUCAGUAACAUCUCACUCACCAUCCUCUUCUGUUGGUUCUGUGCUACUGCAAGACACUAAGCCCAAUUUUGAGAUGCAGCAACUAUCUCCUCCAAUUUCUCCUGUCCAUCCUGAUGUGCAGUUCAAAAACCUGCCCUUUAAUGAUGUCCUUGAUGUUCUCAUCAAGCCCACAAGUUUAGUUCAAAGCAGUAUUCAACGAUUUCAAGAGAAGUUCUUUAUUUUUGCUUUGAUACCACAACAAGUUAGACAGAUAUGCAUAUCAAGGGACUUUUUGCCAGGUGGUAGGAGAGAUUAUACAGUUCAAGUUCAGUUGAGAAUUUGCCUGGCAGAGACAAGUUAUCCUCAAGAAGAUAACUAUCAGAAUAGUCUGUGUAUAAAAGUAAAUGGGAAGCUGUUUCCUUUACCUGGCUAUGCACCACCAUUAAAAAAUGGGAUUGAGCAGAAGCACCCUGGAUGCCCUUUGAAUAUUACAUCUUUAGUUAGGUUGUCUUCAGCUGUGCCAAACUGGAUUUCUAUUUCUUGGGCAUCUGAAAUUGGAGGAAUUAUUCCAUCCAUCUCCCUGGCCCCUAUGUCUGUUUAUCUUGUACAACAACUGACAUCAGUCAUGUUACUACAGAGAUUAAAAAUGAAAGGUAUUAGAAACCCUGAUCAUUCCAGAGCACUAAUUAAAGAAAAACUUACUGCAGAUCCUGAUAGUGAAAUUGCUACAACUAGUCUUCAGGUCUUGAAAUGCCCUCUAGGAAAAGUGAGACUAACGAUCCCAUGCCAAGAUGAGCCCAAGGUGACUGAUACCUCUUUAGAUUAUCAAUUCCUGAUGCUCAUCGUUCCAGAA